GCCAUUUGAAUUGUCACAAGCUCAACGAAUAUCUUGACUUUGUACUUUAGUUUAAUUUAUAAAUUGAAAACGAUCGUAGGAUUCAUGUGAUCGAUUAACACAGAAAAAAGACAUUAAAUAAAAUUGUUUUGCAAUGACGUAUUUUCGAAAAAACAACCGAGUUCGGCUGUUCGGACUACAUAAUUUUCGUAUCAUUGGAAUAAAACCUGACAGACACGCGUGUCGCGUGGAUGACAAAAAUGCACAAAAUAUAUAUUCUGUGCUCCAAACAUCAAACAAUGUCAGGUGGUAGAAAAGAACUGAAAUUAUUUCUCAUUAAAGAAGAAAUUUCUGAAGAAACUAUAGAACACCCUGAAGUAUUUACAGUCGAUGCAAUGAUGGAACAUUUAAAAGACCUCAAUGGAGUAGUAGGCAAAAAUCUUUUUCUAAAAGACAAAAAGAAACAACUCUGGCUUUUAACAACAAUACAUGAUCGUGAGAUAGAUUUGAAAGUUAUAGCAAAGAAAGUCCAAGCUGCAGGGGGGCUAAGGUUUGCAGAUGAAAGUAUUUUACAGGAGAAGUUAGGGGUAAGUCAAGGUUGUGUCACCCCCCUGGCACUGUUUAAUGAUAAAGCUGGGGAUGUUAAAUUAAUACUUGAUUCUGGAUUCUUUAAUGGUGAACAUGUACGAUGUUAUUUCCAUCCAAUGGUUAACUCUGCAUCAAUGGGAAUUUUACCUGAUGAUUUGCUGAAGUUUGUCAAGGCAACAGGACAUGAAGCAAUUUUAAUCGAUAUUUAGUUAAUAAAUUAAAAUAGUAUAAAAUAUACUUCAAAGAUUGUGAAAUGAUAAAUUCAUAACAACUUUUAUGAUUAGCAUGAUUUAUCUUUACUGUUCAAUAAGUUUAUUGGAAGACAACAUUUCGACUGAUAGUUGAGCACACAUCCACUUAUAUAAAAAUGUAUGUAAACAUCUUUAAUUUUUGAAAUCAUGUUUAUUUCAAGAAAUCUAUAAAAGGGAAUUGCUAAAAACACAGCAAGAUAUGGAUAACGAGUAUUUAUGUUUUGGGUGAUAUUCCCAUUCAGAGAAAUAAUGAUAUAAGUAUCAGAGAAUGCAUUGUUAAAAUAACAAAGUUAUUAUAUUGACCUAAGUCAAA